AUGAAUGCUAAAGGCACUUAUAUUUACUUAUACUUGUCAAAAUUAGUUAUUGUUACAUAUAUUAAAGCAGAUACUGAUAUCCUCGUACGCUUAUAUUACGGUUGGAUUGUUACAUUUUCAUAUCGAAUGUGGUUGUCUAGUCUUCAACUUAAAGAAAAUUAUUCUCAACAAGAAAAAGAUAAUUGUUUUAUUACUAAAGCUGCAUGGUUAUCAGUAGAGAUUAAUGUACAUUGUUUAACAGCAUUAAUAGUAUUAAUAUCACAAGGAAAUUUACCAUCUUAUGCUCUUAAUACAUAUCUAUUUAGUAGUCAUCCAUGCGAGACUACAUUUCAUGGUGCUCGUGCUUUAUUUGGUACUUUUUCGUCAAUCACAAAUUUUUCAGUAUCUCAGUUUUUAAACGAAAUUGAAAAAAUUUCAAUAUUAAAUCAUGUAAAAUCCACAGAAGAAGCGGAUAAUGUUGAAUAUCCAUUAAAAUUUCGAAUUCACCAUAAAAAUCGACACAAAGAAAGAACCUCGUCUAAAAUUAGUUUAAAUUCAUCAUCGAUAACAAUAGAUAAUAUAGAAAAGAUAAUCAUCAAAGCUUACUAUCAAGCAGAAAACAUUAUGGAUUCUUUACAGUUAUUAAAAAAACUAAAAGAAAAUAAUUUAAAUAUUACAAAAUUAAAUUUAUUUGUCUUUCAUCAACUUGAUCUAAAAUCGACAGUUGAUUUUUGCUAUUUCAAUGAAGCUGAACUUCAAGAUAGUUCAGAUGAUACUAAUAAUAUUCAAAAUGAUAUUGAAAAUUCUGAAACAAAUUUAGAGGUUGAUUGCUAUGAUUCAGAUGAAGAUAAUUCUGAUGAUUAUCAUUUUACAACCUCAAAAGAAGCCUUCCAAGGGAUGAAAAUAUUUGAUAAAAUUGAUCCAUCAAAACAGGAUAAUUAUUUUCGUAUUAUGAUUAAUAAUAAAUCAAAAUAUUUACACAAACAAACAGCUGCACGUCUAUUGACUACUAAUAAAAACUGUUUGUCAUCUGAUAGAUUAUCACGAGUUCAACAAACAAAUAAACAGAAAUAA